GAUGGCAGCUGCGGUUUCGCAGCACAUCAGCGUCCCCUGUUGCAUCGUCGGCACAGCUGCACAGCGACGGGAACGCCCAUAAGUGCUGCUGCAAGUACCCCCGAAGCUAACCAGCGAACACGUCGAAGAAGCACGUCACGGACAAGCGACGUCGUCAGCAGCACGUCAAGCACUAAAGAAGUUGGGAUGCUGGAAACAGCCCAUCCAGUGGACCUCCAAGGAAAAAAUGGAGAGCAAUGCCAUUUGAACGCGAAGAGCAGCAAUAUUGAUAAGCAGAAAAUCUUUCAAGAAUUUUUAGCGUGUCAGGCACGACCAAAUCCCAAUUCAUCUUUAUCAUCUUCGAGCUCCUCAUCAUCAUGUGCCGGCUCCGGCUACAAUCGUAAGCCACGAGAGAAUGCGUUCAAGCGGGUGCAGAGAACUAUUUCGCAAACCGGUGGAAGUCAAGUGUCCCCCUUUCUCAGCGAUGACAGCCUGUUACGCAUCUAUUCGCAGCUGCAUCAACAAUACCCCUACUACAAACGCCCACUCGCGUCGCUGCGUGACUCUGCACGCCUCCAAGAGCAGCAAGCUCGAGAACAUGCGACUGCGUUUCUCCCGUCACCGCGCUCCUCUGCAUCAUCUUCAGCCAGAACACUAAGUGAAGGUGCGGACGCUGCUGGUGCGUCCUUGCAGCAGCCUGCCCAAGAAGAAGGCGCCGCCGUUUGCAGCACGGGUGACACUACAAUUCAGCGACGCCAGGAAGCUAUCGUGGAGCUCGAUACGAAGAAAGCUAUCGCAACGAGUGGUCGAGGUUCAAGCGCGAUGAGUGGAAUCAUGAGUGCCAUGAUGUCAGCAGGUGGCUGCGCUGCCUCGCGUCCGCGACGCUCAAGUGCAUCGCCAGCAUCUAUUCAGCGACAGGUUGUAGGUAAAGGAGGACAUCAUGGAAGCGAAUGCGAACAACAAGCACCAAAACCUCGAGACCACGCACAAGAACCUCUAGAUAACAGGAGUAAAGACACUGGUAGUGCGGGUUCGACAUCCUCCUCGUCUACACCUUCAACAAGCACUGCAGUGAAUUCUAACGUCCCUCAGGAGUCCAAGCAGAGCGUCAUUUCCAAUCCUCAUUCUUCGGUUCUUGGUGGAGGUUUGGCAGCACCCGAGCCGGAUCAAAGGAAGCCGGUUCCGCCUCGUUUCCGUGGUGUCAAG